AUGGAUGUUAAGAAUGCCUUUUUAAAUGGUGAUCUUUAUGAAGAAGUUUAUAUGACUCCUCCUCCUGAUGUCGCCCACCAGCUUGGUGAAGUUUGUAGGCUUCGCAAAGCACUUUAUGGGCUCAAACAAGCACCUCAUGCUUGGUUUGAAAAGUUUUCCACAGUUAUUACUUCACUUGGUUUUAUUUGUAGUCAUCAUGAUUUCGCAUUGUUUGUCAAAUGUACAAGUGCAUGUCGUAUUUUGUUGUCAUUGAAUGUUGAUGACAUGAUCAUUACUCGUAAUGAUUCUGACGGAAUAAAAUCUUUAAAGUCUGAGCUAUCUCGUUGUUUUGCUAUGAAAGACUUGGGUAUGCUGCUCUACUUUCUCGGCAUUGAGGUUUCUUAUUCUCCAAAAGGUUAUCUCUUAUCUCAGUCAAAGUAUAUAGCUGAUCUGUUUGAUCGUGCGCGUCUCACUGACAACAGGAUUGUUGAUACUCCCCUUGAGCCCAAUGCUCGAUAUUUUCUGUUGGAUGAGAUUCCUUUGUCAGAUUUCAGUUUAUAUCGUACUAUUGUUGGGAGUUUGGUCUAUCUUAUUGUGACUCGUCCAAACAUUACACAUGUUGUUCAUGUGGUUAGUCAGUUUGUCACUGCUCCUACUACAGUUCAUUGGGCUGCCGUUCUUCGUAUUCUCAGAUAUCUUCGAGGCACUCAAUUUCAGAGUCUUUUGUUUCCUUCCACAUCAUCUUUAGACUUGCAUGCUUACUCUGAUGCUGAUUGGGCUGAUGAUCUUACUGAUCGCAAGUCGACCACUGGAUUCUGUACUUUCCUUGGUGAUUCCCUUAUUUCAUGGAAGAAUAUGGGCAUUUAUCUUCAUCAUCCUACUCCCUUAUACUGUGACAAUCAAAGUGCGAUUCAGAUUGCACGCAAUUCGGUCUUUCAUGAGCGAACCAAGCAUAUUGAUAUUGAUUGUCAUGUCACUCAUCAUCAUCUUCAACGGCGCUCUAUCACAUUGCCUCUGGUUUCUUCAUCUCCACAGAUUGCUGAUAUGUUUAUUAAGACACACUCCACUUCGCGCUUUUGUUUUUUAUCUGAUAAACUCUCAAUGCUUAUAGCUGUAGCAUCGUGA